GAAGAAUAAACACAAACAAAUUGUAAUGUAAUCCUAUUAUUACACUUAAAUAUAGGAGUGCAUCCAACUGGAAUUUUACAUAACAAGUCUGGAUAAAACGGUCCCGAGGAGUUCGCUGAAACCGGAAUUCACUGAUUGGAUUUAAAGAUCAAAGAGAUGGCACGGCAGUGGAGAUUAGUGUCUUUAAAAAGUCCACUGAAUAUUGGAAGAUGGAAGUCAUCAUCUUUGAUUGCAGCAAUUUCUAUUAUUCUGUUGUUCUCGAUGAGUAUAUACAGAAUUACUGACAGUAUUCUGGACCGAAUAGCAUAUCCUUACAAUAUGUACCAAGGCUAUCCAUUAUCCAUUUACGACAAUCCCUUUAACAUUAUUACAAACAAUACAUGUUUGGAUAAUUCGAGAAUCAACAUAAUAAUCGUUAUUCAUUCUAAAGUAACAAAUUUUGUGAAACGUGCAUCAAUAAGACAAUCAUGGGCCAAUAAACAUCUGCUAUCCGGGUACGGCGUGAAAGUUGUUUUCGUCUUGGGUCUGCCUUACAAUAAUGAUAUACAAGCUCUUGUCCAUCAAGAGUCUUUGUACUAUAACGAUAUUAUACAGGGAACAGUCUAUGAUUCAUACACAAAUAUAACUCACAAAGCUGUUUUGUGGAUGAGAUGGGUGAAGGAAUAUUGUCCAAACGCGCCUUACGUUCUCAAACUUGAUGAUGACGUUUUUGUCAACGUGUUUUCGUUAUACAACCAUAUUUUACUAAACUAUAAGAAUACCUCAAUGAAAAUGUGGUGUGAAGUUAAGGAUGCUGGAAAACAGGCAAUUUCAAGAUUGAGGGGGAAAAAGUGGAGAGUUGCUAGUCAUGAGUUGGUAGGUUUAAAAUACUACCCUCUAACAUUUUGUAGAGGAUAUUUUGUGAUAAUGACACAAGAUAGUAUUGGGCCGAUGUACGAAACAGCAAAACGGACACCUUUCUUUUGGAUGGAUGAUUAUUAUGUGUUUGGAAUUUUAGCAAAUGCUACAGGAGUGAAACAUUCUUCUCUAUCACAGUUCCUUAGCGACGAAGAUAAAGCUUUUCUAUGUUUUAAAUCGAGAACACAGUUAUGUCCAUUACUUGGCGCUUUGCUUGAAUCGUCAGAUUCAGAUUCUAUGAAGACACUUUGGAUACAGGCAACUACCCAUGUAAAUAAUGAUUUUAGCUUGGAUUGAUACUUCUCACACUAGUCUUGUUCCCCGAGAAUGUAUGAUAUACAGUGCGCAGGUUCCUUCAAUCCAUUUCAUAUUUUUAUAAAGUUGUUCCUCUUUUUCGACUUAUGUUUUGUAUGUAAGCUGGUAAUUCAGUAACCUUUAAAUUUCGCACACCUAUAAACUUUCAGCGCCGUAGCCACACUGAGGUAAUUUGAGAAGCCGAAAAUAUAUCCCACACUGAUGAAAACUUGAGUUAUAAAAGUUCAAAAAAGUAUAUCAGGUGAGGCAGAAAUCCUUACAGUCGUAUAUCCAGGGCCGGGCC